AUGGGAAUCAAGCCUAUCAUCUCACGAACUAGGGAUGGGAAGAAGAUCAGAGGAGAUAGGGCACAUGCAGGAAACCUCAUGCCUCUCCUCGAGCAGCUCCAAGCCUACAAGGUCACGCCUUACAACACUAGGCACCAAGGAGGAAGAAAGCUAAGUGUUGGAGGGGUGAUCACACCAAUUCUUUGUGCAACAGGAGUCCAUUUGGACAAGAGAUGGUCUACUCCACCAGGAUGGAUGGACAUCAAGUUUUGUAAGACCAACCUUCUCAUUGAGCACAAAGAAUUGGAUGGGAGGUUCCAAUUCAAAUUCACUCAUCCCUUGGCUGGCCUCUCCAAGCUUCUUCUGCCCAACCCUGAGCUCACCACGGUUCUAGGAGGUACAAACAUCGACUUCAGACCCACUGUGUACACAUUAGUUGGGCAUGAAGCGGAUUUGCAAGAAGAGGAGACCGAGCUCGAUCGAGCUGAGGAUCGAGCUGAGGCUCAAGCUGAAGAUGAAGUGCAGGAGAGUGCUAACUUGGGUGAGCCUGAGUGCUACUACUUUGAGGAGUAUGAGGCUCCUAGGAUGAACCCCUCUAUUGUGGCUGCCCACAAAAGGAUUGGACUUCUCCAAAAGCUCACCAAGUGGCAAGGGAAGGCCAUGGACAAGAUGCAAAAGUCCAUGGAUAAGAUGGUGAGCAAGAUCAAGAGCUUGGAGAAGAAGGUUUCUGGUUCUUCAAGCAGGAAAAAGAAGGCACCCAUGGCCCCUACUUUCCCAAGGAGUAGGUCACUCCUUACCACUCAAAGGAGGCUCUCCACGCAAGAACCUCACAGAGCCUCUUCUUUCGAGCCAAGGGAAGGAGAAGACAACACGCAGAGAAGGAGGAAGACGUCCAAGGCCAGACGCUCCAGCUCGACCACCGGACUCGAUCGAGUCCAAACAGAGGAAACUCAACUCGAUCGAGCUGACGGUCGAGCUGACCUGGAGGAGCCCCUGUUUGAGAACUCCGGAUUCGAGUACGAACCAACGCAGUACCAGGACUUCUCUCAGACCAACUGGACCCCCUACAACAGCUUCGAGCAAGCACAGCUCCUCCAAGGCCAAGGGAGCCACACACGUUUCAACGAUGAAGAAGAGUAG